AUGGCGCCGAAGAAGAAGGGUGGCAAGAAGGCCGCCGACGACGACUGGGAGGCCGAACUUGGCGAGUCCAUCGAGCCCACAAGCGGCGCAACUCAAGCCAACGGCGACGACGCAAACGGUGCAGCGGAUGAGGACAGUGGCAUGGGCGGAGGUCUUCUGGCCACGUUGAAGAAGAACCGCGGCAAGAAGGCAAAGAAGGGCAAAGCUGUUGAAGAUUUUGUCGAGGGUGAAGACCCGCCUGCCGCUGGCGCAGAUGUUGCUGGCGACGAGCCUGCGCCCGAAGUCGACCUUACGGCAAAAGCACCGCAAGAGGCGAACAUGGACGAUGAGGACGUUUUUGCCGCGCCGGCUAAGAAGGGCAAAGGUGGGAAAGGCGCACAACAGCCGAAGGCGAAGGAGCCAGAACCUGAACCUGAACCUGAACCUGAGGCCGAGGACGAUGAUCACGACGAUGACGACGAAGUGGGUGGUCGGGUGAAGACGAAGAAGGAGAAAGAGAAGGAAAAGAAGGAGCGCGAGAAGCAGCGAAAGAAGGAGCAGGCCGCCAAGAAGAAACCUACUGGGCCAGCGCCUGCUGCAAAACCCGAACCCGCAAAGGCUGCACCGAAACCUGAAGCCGCCCCUGCACCCGCGCCCGCCGCCGAUGCCGCUGCAGGCGGUAAGAAGAAGAAACUUAAUCCUGCACUCGCUGCGCUACAGAAACAACAGGAAGAGCGGCGGAGGCGGGAAGAAGAACAGGCACGCAUCGAGGCUGAGGAAAGGGCGCGGAUAGAAGAAGAGGAGCGAUUAGCAGCUGAGGAGGAGAAGAGAAAGGAGGAAAUCAAAGCUGCCAAAAAGCUGAAGGAGAAGCAGAAGAUUGAGCAGCUCAAGAAGGAGGGCAAGUACCUCACCAAGGCACAGAAGGAGGCGCAGGCACGGCAAAAGCAGCGGAAUGAGCAGUUGCUCGCAGCUACUGGUGCCGCUGUCCCUGGCCUUGGGGACGCUCCCGAGAAGAAGGCCAAGCCCACGUACGACAGCAAACGAAAGAAAGGGCCCAAGAAGGGCGACAAUGAGGCGAAGAAGGUGGCCGACGAAGCGGAGGCACUGAAGAAGCUGGAGGAGCUGAAGCUUGUUCAAGAACAGGAAGCGAGGGCUCAAGCAGAGGUGGAAGCGGCGCGUGCAAACGCUGAGGAGAAGAAGGCUGAAGAGGGCGAGGAUCUUGAAGAUUGGGAAGCGCUAGCUGACGCCGAAGACGGCGCGAAGGACGGCGUGAAGGACAGCUGGGACGCUCCCAGUGACCAGGAAGACGAAGGACCCGCGAAGCCCACCGUCAACGGCAAACCUGUGCAGAAAGGCGCUGGACCGGGUCCCGCAAAGGUCGUCGAGCCUAAGGCCAAUGGCAGGCCUACACAGCCAGCCGACGAGUCCGACUCCGAGUCUGAGUCUGAAGAAGAGUCCGAGGACGAGGAAACAACAGCUGCGAAACGAGCCGCUGCACAGAAGAAAGCAGAGGCUGCUGAACGCCGGAAAAAGCAGCACGAGGAAGCCUUGGCUGCACGAUCGAAAGAACACCUGCGAUCCCCAAUUUGCUGUAUUCUCGGACACGUUGAUACCGGCAAGACCAAGCUGCUUGACAAGAUCCGACAGACCAACGUGCAAGAAGGCGAAGCGGGUGGUAUCACACAGCAAAUCGGUGCUACCUACUUCCCGGUAGAGGCCCUUCAGAAGAAGACUGCAGUUGUGAACAAGGACGGCAAGUUCGAGUUCAAAGUACCUGGUCUUCUCGUCAUCGACACGCCUGGUCACGAGUCGUUCAGCAAUCUCCGUUCGCGUGGUUCUUCCCUCUGUAACAUCGCCAUCCUCGUCGUUGAUAUCAUGCACGGUCUCGAGCCUCAAACGCUGGAAUCAAUGAAGCUACUAAGAGACCGAAAGACGCCCUUCAUCGUCGCUCUCAACAAGAUCGAUCGUCUCUAUGGUUGGUCGAAGAUCGAGAACAAUGGCUUCCAGGACAGUUUGUCCCUGCAAAAGAAGUCUGUCCAAGCCGAGUUCCGUGACAGGCUCGAGAAGACGAAGGUCGCGUUUGCUGAGCAAGGCUUCAACGCCGAGCUUUACUACGAAAAUAAAUCCAUGGCGCGGAACGUGUCCCUCGUACCGACAUCAGCCCAUACCGGCGAAGGUGUACCAGACAUGCUGAAGCUGCUUGUUCAGCUAACUCAAGAGCGCAUGACGAAUGCACUGAUGUACCUCUCCGAAGUCGAGUGCACGGUUCUGGAAGUUAAAGUUAUAGAAGGCCUGGGCACGACAAUCGACGUCAUCCUUUCCAAUGGUGUUCUCCGUGAGGGUGAUCGCAUCGUAGUGUGUGGAACUGGCGGAGCGAUAGCAACGAACAUACGAGCCUUGUUGACACCAGCAGAGAUGAAGGAACUGCGGAUCAAGUCGGCUUACGUUCACAACAAGGAAGUCAAGGCCGCAAUGGGAAUCAAGAUCGCUGCGGACAACCUGGAGACCGCCAUUGCCGGCUCUCGUCUAUUGGUGUGUGGCCCUGAUGAUGACGAAGAAGAUCUUGAAGACGAAGUCAUGGCCGACCUUGAACACCUCCUCUCCAGGAUCUCCAAGACUGGCCGUGGUGUGAGCGUGCAGGCGUCAACACUAGGAUCACUCGAAGCCUUACUGGAGUUCUUGAAGCAGUCAAAGAUUCCGGUCGCCAAUGUCUCCAUCGGACCAGUCUACAAGCGCGAUAUCAUGCAAGCCGGUAUCAUGCUUGAGAAAUCACCCGAGUACGCUGUCAUGCUAUGUUUCGAUGUUAAGGUUGACAAGGACGCCGAAGCGUAUGCCAACGAUAUCGGCGUCAAGAUCUUCAAGGCAGACAUCAUCUACCACCUUUUCGAUAAGUUCACUGCGCAUAUGAAGCAGCUCGCCGAGCAGAAGAAGGAGGAAAGCAAGAUGGACGCCGUCUUCCCCUGUGUUCUUAAGCCUGUCGCGGUGUUCAACAAGAAAGAUCCCAUCGUGCUCGGCGUCGAUGUGGUCGAGGGCAACCUCCGGCUACUGACGCCUAUUGCGGCUGUCAAGACCAACACAGUGACUGGAGUCAAGGAUGUGAUCAAUUUGGGCAGAGUUACAUCUAUUGAGCGCGAUCACAAGCAGAUACCGAUUUGCAAGAAGGGUCAGCCAUCUGUGGCGAUUAAGAUCGAAGGUCCGAAUCAGCCGCUGUAUGGACGACAUCUGGAGGAAAAGGACAUACUCUACUCACUCAUCUCGCGGCGGAGUAUUGACACACUGAAAGAGUUUUACAGAUCGGACGUCGGCAACGAUGAGUGGGCGCUCAUCGUCAAACUGAAGUCACUGUUCGACGUGCACUAA